AAUAUGGCUUAUCAGGAGCUCAAAGUAUCUCCCUCCAGAUCAUCAUUUUUAUUCGCACGCUGUGACCAGAUUGGAACAGGUUUGCUCAUCACGUUCAGAAGUUGCCGGAUCGGGUCUGCUGGGUCGAUGCUCUCGAGAAACAACGCCUGCAAGUUGCUGUAGCUCUGAGAUCGCCUUGCCUAACUGCUGGGUCGAGUCUUCGGGAUUUGUAAGGAAUUUUUGUUUGUUUGGGUUGUGAGGAUCUGUACAUAAUUGCUGUGGAGGUUUGGGGUUUGAGUAGAUUUGGUGUUUAGUAGAGGGGAGGGUUAGGUCGUUGGUCGUUACCGGAGAUGGCUGCCGAGAAGAGCCACGCUGUGGAUGAGGUUACUGCUGAGGUCGAAGCCGUGGGACUUGCGGAGGACCCCGGUAGGAACUUGAAGCUGGACCAAGCGACUUUCUUCCGGUGUGUGGAGAAUGGUAACCUUUCAGCUCUAACAGCUUUGCUUAAGAACCGUAAGGUGGACAUCAACGCAUACAAUGAUGAGGGCGUGACGUGUCUGCACGUUGCAUUGUACAAGUAUGAGGAGUCGCGGAGUCUGGACAUGGUGAAGUUCCUACUUGCACAUGGCGCUAAUAUCUCACUCAAGGCAGCUGUGAUGCCAUCUGCGCACAAAAUUUCUAUUAUCCGCCACGGUCACGGUGGCAGUGUCGCCAAUCCACUCGAAACCAAGAAGGUUGUUUUUGAUCAGAAGACUCCUCUUCUUGUGGCGCUGGAGCUGAAAUCGGCGCUUUACCUGAAAGGGUGGGAGUACCGGCAUUGGGACGAGAUGUUGAGGAUUUUAGCAGACGCAACCAUUGAGCACCACGCUAAAUCUCCUGAACUAAAGGGAGAAAGGCUUCCUUACAUUGUGAUUCAGAAGAAUUGGGGUAAUGUGUUCGCAAGUGGGAAACAUGAGACGAUUGAAGUGUGGGCAGAGGACAAGAGUAUUACUGUGCUGAAGCUCCUCCUUACUGGCGCAUCAAAGAUUCUUAAACUCAAUAUCGAGAAUCCAGACGUACAAUAUUCGAAUAGAUUGGACAUCAAGGAGGCGUCGUUUAAUAUUACCAAGGCCAUGAUGAAGUUUCUUUACACUGGAAAGGUUGAAGCCGAGUUUCUUGAACACAGGGGUCUAGAUCUCCUAUCUGCGGCUCACAAGUAUGGAAUCAAGAGCUUGAUGUGGGUUUGUGAGGAUUCAAUUCGUGCUACACCGGAUAAUUGGAUCAAGCUUCUAUCCACGGCCAUGGAGUGCAACUCAGAUAUGCUAGCUCUCAAAUGUGCUCAAUCGAUAAAGGAAGUGAUGGACGAACGACAUGAAAAACACACCAGUUUGAAGAAGAGCUAUUCAAAUAUGCACAAUGUCCCUAACCAACUCUUCACUUCAUUUCCGUGACAAGUCUGUUUAAUCUUCAAGUAUUCUCGGUAUAAUAUACUGUUGCAUAUGUAUAAUCAUGAGCUCAUGAGAUAUGAGAUAAUGGGUUGAUAUAUAUUUUAGCCACUGAGGCUAAUUAAUUUUAUUAUUACCGUAAUAAGUAAUAUCGUGCCUUCAACUCAAUCUUUAGCGGUCCUAAACCUGGGUUUAGGCUCUCGUUGUGUUAAUUGGCUUCUUGUUGCGAUUAAGCUUCAA